AUGGGGGCCACGACGGUCCUCCCACGGUCUUUACAGGAGAGUCUGGCCAACACAAAGGUCUCCUAUGCACAGUUGGGCAGUUCAGGCCUCCGUGUCUCGGUCCCCAUCCUUGGGACCAUGUCUUUUGGCCACAAAGAUUGGCAGCCCUGGGUCUUGGAUGACCCGGACGAGGUGGACGCGAUUCUCAAGGGCGCCUUUGAUCGCGGUCUGAACACAUGGGACACGGCCAAUGUCUACUCUAACGGCCUCUCGGAGCAGAUGAUUGGCAAUACACUGAGAAAGCACAACAUCCCACGACACAAAGUCAUUCUGAUGUCCAAGUGUUUCAGCCCAGUUGGUGAGGAGCCUAAUGUACAUGUCAUUAGCUACCCGAAACAGAUAUCAGCAAGCAAGAACUACGUCAAUCAAGAAGGUUUAAGCCGUACUGCAAUACUUAACGCCGUCAAUGGCAGCCUUGAGCGACUUGGGACAGAUUAUCUGGAUCUUUUGCAGAUCCACCGAUUCGACCCAACAGUCCCAGUUGAGGAAACAAUGAAAGCAUUGCAUGAUUUAGUGCAGAGUGGAAAGGUUCGAUACAUUGGGGCUUCAAGUAUGUGGACGUACCAGUUUGCACAGAUGCAGUACGUGGCCGAGGUCCAUGGUUGGACCAAGUUCAUCUCGAUGCAGAAUCACUACAGCCUGUGCUACCGAGAAGAGGAGCGUGAGAUGAACCGGUACUGCCACGAAACAGGGGUUGGUCUCAUUCCGUGGGCGCCACUUUAUCGUGGCUUGCUUGCGCGCCCACUGGGCUCCAACAAGACGACGCGCGAAGAGAGUAUCAAAGGCCCGUUUGCUGGAUUACAUGGAGGAGAUGUGGAGAUAAUUAAUCGGGUCAGCGAACUGGCCGAGAAGCAUGCGUGGAAGAUGAGCCACGUUGCACUCGCGUGGAUUAUCCAGAAAGGCACGAUCCCAAUUGUAGGAGCUAGCAGCCUGGCCAGAUUGGAAGAGAUAUGUGAAGUUCGAGGCAAAUCGUUGACCGAUGACGAGAUCAAUUAUCUCGAGGAGCCAUAUCAGCCUAGAAAUAUCGUCGGUCAUCAAUAG